AUGUACGAUGACAGUGACGAGUCAAGCGAUGAUAACCGACCGAGCGGACACUCAUCAGGGCGUAAACGACUUCCAUUUGAUCCCAAACCCCAUCUCGUCACUAUUGUGAAGACUAACACAGCGAAGGGGGGACAGUUGCGUAGCUUGAAUGGGCAACUUUAUGCACCACUGCAACACGUUAGCGCUGUGCUAGCGGAUGGGGCUGCAGAACGAGCCAACUUGAGGAGAGGCGACAGAAUUCUCCAAAAAUGGUGUCAAUGUGGAAGGCGCCACUCAUCGGCAUUGUUGGUAGAUUUAAUCAAGCAUGGCGGUGAUCGCCUAACGAUGAUAGUGAUUUCCGUAGAAGAUCCGAAAUUCGAGUGUGGAGAAGAAAGUGUGAUCUCUUAUCGGCAUGAUUAUUCAGAAAGUAGAUCGUUACCGGUAACUAUUCCGAGUUACCACACAGUAAAUGACGGGGUGGAAAAGUUUGUGGUAUUUAACUUGUACAUGGCUGGUAGACAUCUUGGUUCUAGACGCUACAGCGAAUUCGUUGAGCUUCAUUCACUACUGCGCAGAGAAUUUGUAGAUUUUUCCUUCCCGAAACUUCCAGGGAAAUGGCCGUUUUCGUUGUCUGAACAGCAGCUAGAUUCUAGGCGACGAGGGCUGGAGUAUUACUUAGAACGUGUUUGUUCUGUCAAAGUUAUUGCAGAUUCCGACAUCAUGCAGGACUUUCUCAUGGAAUGUGAUCCGUCAUGUGAAGUAGAAGUACGUGUCCUACUUCCCGAUGGCGGAAAUGUUUGUGUAUCAAUUCGACGAAAUUCGACUACUUCACUUCUUUUUGCCCUUCUCGCUCGUAAACUGAAUAUGUCCCGAGAUAUGGCCCUUUCUUGUGCGAUAUUCGAGACCAUGGAGCAGUCGUUUGGUGCGUUUGUUCUUUGCAUUAUCAGUGUUUGUUCACUAUUUUUUUCUGCAUAA